UCCAAACGGACUUGGUGGGAACAGAAUACCAAAAGCUGGUGUCCCCAAGUUCCUGCUGUACCAAGCCAAUCAUGAUUUUUCCAGGCAUUUUCUUAUUUCUGACCUUUUGUGGAAGAAGUUCGGCUCAAGAACAAACAUAUGUUAUUACAGCACCCAAAUUGAUCCGUGCAGGAGCAUCUGAGAAGAUGGUGGUUCAAGCCUUUGGAUAUGAGCAAGAGUUUCCCGUAACGAUAUCUAUUAAAAGUUUUCCAGAUAAACAAAUUACUUAUGCCUCGGGUCGUAUCCAGCUGACUCCUGCCAAUAAGUUCCAAGGGUUUGUUACUUUAACGAUCCAACCCAAAGAUUUAGGAAACAGAGACCCAAACAAUUUAGUUACAUCCGUGUAUCUGGAAGCUGUUUCUCCACACUUUACAAAAGAGAAGAAAAUUCAUGUUACAUAUGAAAAUGGAUUUCUCUUCAUUCAGACUGACAAACCUGUUUAUACUCCAGAUCAGUCAGUGAAGAUCAGGCUCUACUCUUUAAAUGAAGAACUGAGGCCGGCACGAAGGUCAGCCACCUUAACUUUUGUGGAUCCUGAAGGAGUGGAAGUGGACAUUAUAAAAGAAGAUGACUUUACUGGAGUUAUAUCAUUCCCAGACUUCAAAAUCCCAUCACACCCUAAAUAUGGUAUUUGGAAAAUUAAAGCUCAAUAUCAAAAGGACUUCACAACUACUGCCGAAGCAAAAUUUCAAGUCAAAGAAUAUGCCAUGCCAAGCUUUUCUGUCACCAUAGAACCUGAAAAGAACUUCAUUAGUUUUGAGCAAUUUGAAAGUUUCAGGAUUGUUGUGAAAGCAAGAUAUUUCUACAACAAGAGAGUGGCCAAAGCGAAUGUUUAUAUCCGUUUUGGAAUAAUUCAAGGAACUGAGAAAACCACGAUGCCAAAAGCAGUGAGGUUCAAAGAGAUGGAUGAUGGAGUUGCAGAAUUUAAUUUUAACAGCAAAGCUGCUGUGGCUGAAAUAGGGUAUCACAGCCUUGAGGAGCUUGAUGGCCUAGGCCUUUAUAUUGCUGUUUCAGUGCUGGAAUCUACAGGUGGUCAUUCUGUGGAAAGUGAAUUCACAGGCAUCAAGUAUGUCCUGUCCCCCUACAAAUUGAUUUUGAUCGCUACUCCUCUGUUUGUGAAGCCUGGACUCCCCUUCUACGUUAAGGUGCAGGUGAAGGAUACAUCAGAUGAACCUGUUAGAAACAUUCCUGUGAUUUUUACUGCAAGCGCCUUCGAUGGGCAAAUGGAAGAGACUACGUUAGUUCAAGAAGGUUCAGAAUCUGGGAGAAGUCAAACGAGCCAAAGUGAUGGAACAGCUCUGUUUGUGGUUAAUGUUCCUCCUGGUAGCAAUGUACUGGAGUUUCAAUUAAAAACAGCAGAUGCCAAAUUAUCAGAAGACAACCAAGCUAGUAAGAGCUACGUGGCAAAAUCGUAUGUUUCUCCCAGUGGAAGCUACUUAUAUAUUGACUGGGCUUCAAACCACAAAAUGCUACGUGUGGGAGAUCAUCUCAACAUCAACGUGCACCCGCUUAGCCACUAUGUUCACAAAAUACACCAUUACAGCUAUUUGAUCUUAUCCAAAGGGAAAAUAGUAAGCUAUGGGACUCAGGAUAAGAUUAAAGACUCUGUUUAUCAAAGCCUAACUUUUCAACUAACUCAUGAAAUGGUGCCUUCGGCUCGUCUUCUCGUCUAUUACAUAGUUACAGGAGAAGGCACUGCAGAGCUGGUAGCUGAUUCUGUCUGGUUAAAUAUAGAACAAAAAUGUGGGAACAACAUUGAGGUUCGGUUAACAAAAGGCCAGACAUCAUACAAGCCAGGACAGGUCGUAUCACUUUCCAUGAAGUCCCAGUUUGGCUCUUUCAUUGCUUUAUCGGCCAUGGACAAGGCAAUUUAUGGGAUAACAGGAAGAAAGAAGAGGCCCAUGGAAAAAGCUCUUUUGCAGCUGGAGAACAGCGAUCUGGGCUGUGGUGCUGGUGGAGGAGAGAACAAUGUAGACGUCUUCCGAAAGGCCGGUCUCACUUUUCUAACCAAUGCCAAUGCAGAGGACUCAAAAGAAGCAGAUGAAGCUUGUCAUGCCAUUGUGAGAUCAGUAAGGUCCACCAUCAGCGAGGAAAUUGAGAAAAAAGUAUCUCGCUAUAGACACAAAGAAGUUCAGAAGUGUUGCAGAUCGGGAGCAGCAGAGUAUCCUAUCUCACAGACAUGCAGCGAAAGAGCCAGCCGUAUUAAGAGUGUACCAGUGUGUAUAAAAGCCUUCACGGACUGUUGUGAAUUUGCAAACAAGCUGCGUCAAACUGAGCCACACAAAAUUUUAGUACUGGCAAGAAUGCAUAUUGAAGCAAUCUUGGAUUCAGAUGAGCCAGUAGUCCGAAGCUAUUUUCCUGAAAGCUGGCUCUGGGAAGUGCACCACGUUGCUAGCUUGAAGGCUCUUUCUGUGACCCUUCCUGAUUCUCUCACCACGUGGGAAAUACAGGGUGUUGGCAUUUCAGAUAAAGGUUUAUGUGUUGCUGAUGCACUUCAAGUGGAGGUAGUCAAAAACCUGUUCUUAAGUGUGAAUGUUCCUUACUCUGUUGUCCGUGGAGAACAAAUUGAAUUGAGAGGAUCCCUUUACAAUUACAGAAAUCUCAAAAGCAAGUUUUGCACUCGGAUGUCGGUUGGCGAAGGAAUUUGUCUGUUCAGAGGCACUACCAGGAAUCAGCGCGGCAUACAGACCACUAGCUGUGAUCGCCAUCGGGUAAUCGAGGGCUCUUCUGUUGCCUUAGUAACAUUCAAGAUUCUUCCACUGGAGACAGGUCUCCACACAGUCAACUUCACACUCCUAAGCGAGUUAGGCAGCGAAACUGUUGUGAAAACAUUAAGAGUUGUGCCUGAAGGCAUUCGAAAGGAAAUUUAUGAAGGCCGCACUCUGGACCCACAAGGUGUUUAUGGCACAGUGAACAGACAGGGAGAAUUUCGGCACAGGAUACCACCAAAUAUGGUCCCUAAAACCAAACUUGACAGGACUGUGAGUAUAAAAGGAAACCCUCUAGGUGAAGUGAUCGCUACAGCUCUCGACCCAGAAGGGGUCAAGUUCCUCGCUAACCUCCCCAAGGGAAGUGCAGAAACUGAAUUCAUGAAUGUCAUCCCAAUAUUUUAUGUAUAUCACUACCUGGAAAGGACAAACAGCUGGGAUAUACUUGGCUCGGAAGCCAUCACUUCAAAAAUUAACAUGAGGAGAAGGAUGAAAGAAGGAAUCAUAAGAAUCCUGUCAUUCCAGAAACGAGAUUUCUCUUAUACAAUGUGGAAAGACGGUCAGUCCAGCGCUUGGCUGACCGCUUUUGCCCUAAGGAUUUUGGGACAAGUUAGCUCGUAUACUUCUGUUGAGCAGGCUUCUGUGUGCAACUCUUUGACGUGGCUGAUUGAAUACUGUCAAAUGGAUGAUGGAGCUUUCAGAGAGAUUUCAAGUUACCAGCCAGUAAAGCUGCAGGGUACAUUGCCUCAAGAACAGCAAGAAAAGACUUUAUAUCUCACAGCAUUCUCUCUGAUUGGAAUGGAAAAGGCAGUCCACCUCUGCCCGCUGCAGAAAGUCCAAGAUGCUAUAAAUAAAGCUGAAGAUUACUUGCUGAAGAAUUUCCAGUCUGCACAAAGCACGUUUUCCUUGGCAAUAGUUACUUAUGCACUGACUCUAGCAAACUCCAACCAGGCUGGUGCACGCUCAGCCUACGCAUUACUGAAGAGAGAAGCCCUUGUGAAAGUAAACCCUUUGUAUCGCUUCUGGAAAGAUUCUUCCAACAAAAUCGAUGUAAGCACUCCUUCUGACGGCAGUGCCAAGAUGGUUGAAACCACUGCAUAUGCUUUGCUGUCUACUCUGCUGCAAGGUGGCAAAGAAUAUGCCAACCCAAUUGUCAGAUGGUUGUCCGAACAGCAAAGAUAUGGUGGAGGUUUUUAUUCCACUCAGGAUACCAUUAAUGCUCUGGAAGCAUUAACAGAGUAUUCUAUUCUCAUUAAACGAUUGGAACUAGAUAUGAGUGUCAAACUGGCUUACAAGAAUCAUGGAGAUUUUUACCAUUAUAGACUUACAAGAAGCAGUUACUUGGGAAAGCCUGUGGAAGCACCCUUGUACGAUGACAUACAGGUGCGCACGGGUAGCAACACUGGAUUAGCAACAGUGAAUGUGAGGAGCGUAUAUUAUAAAAUCAGUACUUCUGAAGACACUUGUAACUUUGAGCUGAAGAUUGAAGCAAAGUUACCAGGUGUUCCAGAUGCAGAAGACGAUUCAUAUCUCAGGCAGUCUAAUGAACCUAUGCGCUUGGUGGCUUGUGCAAAGUACAAGCCUAGCCAGCUAGAACCACAAUCUGCUUCCUCCCAUGCUGUGAUGGACAUAUCUUUGGUUACUGGAUUGGAUGCCUACACAGAAGAUUUAUCUAUUCUUGCAAAUGGAGUGGAUAAACUGAUAGCAAAUUAUGAGAUAAAAGAUGGACACGUAGUGGCUCAAGUAGACUCAAUUCCUGCGGGCGAAUUCCUGUGCAUUGGGUUCCGUGUAGCAGAGAUUUUCCGUGUUGGAAUGCCAAGCCCAGGAACCUUCACUGUGUAUGAGUAUCACACCCCUGAUAAACAGUGCACUAUAUUUUACAACCCCUAUGGAGAAGACUCUCUUGUAAAACUCUGUGAAGGCAGUGAAUGCAAGUGUAUGGAAGCGGAAUGUGGGCGCAUGCAGAACAGAUUGGAUGCCUCCAUUACGACUCAGACCAGAUAUGAAGCGGCUUGCCAGAAUGACAUUGCCUAUGUCUAUAAAGUGAACAUCUCGUUGUCCAGCAAAGAAGGCAGCUUUGUUAAAUAUACCGCAACUCUACUGGAUCUUUUUAAAAGAGGGGUGACUUUUGCUCAGAAGAAUGAAGAAGUUGUCUUCAUUAAAAAGAAGACCUGUACUGAUGUUCAGCUCAAUCCAGGAGACAGUUACUUGAUCAUGGGGAAAGAGGCUUUGAAGACGGGUACCAAGUACCAGUAUCCCUUAGAUGCCAUGACUUGGAUUGAGUGGUGGCCUUCUGCUUUGUCCUGUGAUUCUUGUCAAGAGUUUGUGGAGAGUUUGGAGGAAUUUGUAGAUGAUCUCUUUAUCAAUGGCUGUUAAGCUAUCAAAGAACUCCUGCAGGCACCCUUUGGAACAAGCAAAGAUCUCCAGUGUGUGGUAUUUUCUGCAAUUCUUCCUGACCAUCUGUGAUGACCUUAGCUGAUUUAACCAGGAAAGAUGGAUCUAUCCACAUCGACAACAGCACUUAUUUUUGCCAGAAAACCCUUGAGAUUUCUAGUUUUUUGGAGAGAUACAUAUAGUGAGAACCAGACUUACAAAAGGACAAUGACAUUUGGAAUGGGGUGAGAGGAAACGGAACUCAUCAAGAAACAAGAGUGCAGAAAAUGGGCUGUAUGCAUAAAUAAUAGUGAGAUGCAAAUGUAAAUAUUUCAUAUCUGACACUAAAUGUGAUCAGCUUGUUUAGACAGAGACUGUAAUAAUCAACCCAAAAUAACUCAUGUCUACUUAAUCUGCUUUCCUUCUGCACUCAAUAAAAACUAUUACUACUACUA